GAACAUUGGUUUUGACAUUCCCCGUGAAUGACAGACGGAAAACGGAAGUUGACUGGCGGCCGCUUAAGCUAGUACUACCAUCGGCGCAGCGCCCGAAUUUGACAGCCUUUUUACUCUCGGCGAGUGUAUGGAAAUAGACGUGUAAAAUGAAGUUGAACGUAUCGUUUCCCGCUACCGGGGCCCAGAAGACCUUCGAGGUCAUGGACGACCACAAGCUGCGUCACUUCUACGACAAGCGUAUGGGCGCCGAAAUCACCGCUGACCAUCUCGGAGACGAGUGGAAGGGAUACGUCUUCAAGAUUGCCGGAGGAAACGACAAGCAGGGUUUCCCCAUGAAGCAGGGCGUCCUGACCAACACCCGUGUCCGUCUGCUGCUGAAGAAGGGCCACUCUUGCUAUCGCCCACGUCGUACCGGAGAGCGCAAGCGUAAGUCGGUUCGCGGUUGCAUCGUUGACCAGAACCUGUCUGCCCUGGCCCUGAUCGUCGUCAAGAAGGGCGAGAAGGACAUUCCCGGACUGACCGACACCACUGUUCCCCGUCGCCUGGGACCUAAGCGCGCCAGCAACAUCCGCAAGUUGUACAACUUGACCAAGGAGGAUGAUGUCCGCCAGUUCGUCGUGAAACGCCCACUCCCGGAGAAGGAUGGCAAGAAGGCCCGCACCAAGGCACCCAAGAUCCAGCGUCUGAUCACUCCGGUUGUGCUGCAGCGCAAGAGGCAUCGUCUGGCAAUCAAGAAGCGCCGUGUCGAGUCCCGCAAGGAAGCCGAAGCCGAAUACAUGAAGAUCCUGCACCUGCGUCGUCGUCAGGAACGUAUCCGUCGUCGGUCCCGUCUGUCCUCGAUGCGUGACUCGCGCAGCUCCGUCGGUGAGGAACGCGACAAGGAGAAGGAGAAGGCCGCUGCUAAGGCUGCCAAGAAGGUCGCCAAGAAGGAGGCCAAGAAGGAAGUAAAGAAGGUCACUGAGGCCGCCAAGAAGGCUGACGCCAAGGCCAAGACCAAGGCUGAACCGAAGAAGGCAGAAAAGAAGGCCGAAACCGGUAAGAAGACCGCCGGAGACAAGAAGGAGAAGAAGGUCGAGAAGAAGGCUGCGCCAGCCGUCGCCAAGAAGGAAGCGCCCAAGAGGAAACCGGAAGCCGCCAAGGGUGAUGCCAGUGCGGCCAAGAAGGAGAAGAAACAAAAGAAGAAGUAAAUAACACUCUACUUCGCUAGCGGGGCGCUUUCCUUUGUAAUUUAAUCUUAAUGAUAACCACAAAAAUACAGAGUUAAGAAACUAAUGAUGGCUGCAUUGAGCGGAUUAUCUUAUUCCUGUGUUUUUUUUAGGGAUUCUCGUUGUCGGAUCGAAGCUGUAUUGAAUAGUAACUAGAAAGCUGAAAAUGCACUGAAUCGCUUCAA